AUGUCGCGCUCCGCAACCACUCUCUACGUUUCUGGCUUUGGUCCCGCAACUCGCGCCCGCGAUCUCGCCUAUGAGUUUGAACGCUAUGGCCGUCUUGUCCGUUGUGACAUUCCCGCACCCCGUACCUCUUCCAGCAGACUUUUCGCCUUUGUCGAGUAUGAGAGCCGCCGUGAUGCCGACGAUGCUUACCACGAGAUGCACAACCGCCGCAUCAGCCGCAACGAGGAACUGAAAAUCGAGUGGGCCAGAACCCCUCCCUCUGCCUCCUGGCGCUUCGACGCUGGCCGUCCUCCUCGCGAUGGUGGUCGUGGUGAGCGUGGCGACCGCGGCGACCGUGGCGAUCGUGGUGACCGCCGUGACCGUUCUCCCCGUCGUCGCUCCAUCAGCCCUGCGCCUCGUUCCCGCCGUGGCGACAACUCCCCUCGCAAGGAAGAUCGCCGUGAGCGUGACUACGAUCGCCGCGACCGUACCCGUAGCCCCGAGGAUCGCGAGCGCGAGAGAGACCGUGAUGUCAGAGACCGCGACGACGACCGUGAGCGUGACACCAAGCGCGGCGGCGACGAUGACCGCGAGCGUGAGGAACGCCCCCGCGAGGAACCUGAGGAACGCGAGGUUCAAGAGCGUGAAGAGCGUGAAGAACGCGAGCCCAACGGUGAAGAGCCAAAGGAACCUGCCGUCGAGUCUCCUCCUCCUGCUGCUGCUGUAGCCCACGACGAUCUUGACACCGCAGAGUAGUAAUCCUGCGUUCAGCCCAUUCUUACCCCACUAACCCCAUCACUGCUAGUGUGCACUAUUCCCAUUGGAAUAGUGACAGAUUUGAUGUCGCGGUCCGUCAUGCCGCCUGGCCAGCAUGAUUCACUCUUCCCCCUUCCACACCAUGCAGCAACCUCGCCGCCACUACAGCGUUCCAUAUUAUGGGUAAAAUGCGCGAGGUUCAUGCUGUCUGACGCCCCCCUUAUACGUUUUUUUGUUUUCUUGCUGUUGGGUUGCUUUCAAGGCGGGCGUUUUUACUCGAGAUUGAUCAAAAAUUAGCAGCAGCGCAGUUCGACCAGUUCGU